GUUAAACAACGCCUAACUAAAGAUGGCAGCGCCCAUGGACCUAGCAACAGCCGCUGCUACUGGCGAUAAAAUUCUUGUUCAAAAUCUAAUUGAAAGAGGAGCCAACAUAAAUGGUCGAUCCAAGGACGGAUUUUCUCCCUUGUGCAAUGCUGCCUUCUGGGGCUAUAGUGAUAUUGUUGAGUGUUUAUUGUUGAAUGGGGCAAAUGUGAACCAGUGCAAUGGUGGAACGAGGUGGACGGCUUGCCACUGCGCUGCAUUCCAAGACCACGGUCGAGUGAUUAUGAAACUGAUGCCUUUUCAACCAGACCUCACUCUGAAGGAUAGCAAAGGAAGGACUGCUGUUGACUUUGCUUCAGCCUUAGAUACUAUCUGGCCUUUCUUUGCAAACGAAGGAUGUAAACGCACACAAAAACAGCAACUUAUUGAAAUGGAUAUCAUUAGAAAGGUGAAGCAGAGUGACCCAACCAUACCCACAUCAGAUUACACACAUUUUUCACGACCUGGUUCUGCGUAUGUCAUGAAAGGACAGUCUUUAAGAGGCGACUCAAACUGGAGUGAAGAUAGGAAUCGUGUAAGUAUACCUUGUGAAACAGCAGCCACAUCCCUGCCAAAUUAAAGAGCCACCACGUCAGCUACAGGCCUACCCCUUGUGAAACAGCAUCCACAUCCCUGCCAAAUUAAAGAGCCACCACGUCAGCUACAGGCCUACCCCUGUGAAACAGCAACCACAUCCCCACCAAAUUAAAGAGCCACCACGUCAGCUACAGGCCUACCCCUUGUGAAACAGCAGCCACAUCCCUGCCAAAUUAAAGAGCCACCACGUCAGCUACAGGCCUACCCCUGUGAAACAGCAACCACAUCCCUGCCAAAUUAAAGAGCCACCACGUCAGCUACAGGCCUACCCCUUGUGAAACAGCAGCCACAUCCCUGCAAAAUUAAAGAGCCACCACGUCAGCUACAGGCCUACCCCUUGUGAAACAGCAGCCACAUCCCUGCAAAAUUAAAGAGCCACCACGUCAGCUACAGGCCUACCCCUUGUGAAACAGCAGCCACAUCCCUGCAAAAUUAAAGAGCCACCACGUCAGCUACAGGCCUACCCCUUGUGAAACAGCAGCCACAUCCCUGCAAAAUUAAAGAGCCACCACGUCAGCUACAGGCCUACCCCUUGUGAAACAGCAGCCACAUCCCUGCAAAAUUAAAGAGCCACCACGUCAGCUACAGGCCUACCCCUUGUGAAACAGCAGCCACAUCCCUGCAAAAUUAAAGAGCCACCACGUCAGCUACAGGCCUACCCCUUGUGAAACAGCAGCCACAUCCCUGCAAAAUUAAAGAGCCACCACGUCAGCUACAGGC